UUAAAAGGCCUCAUGAAGGGCGCCAGGACGACUUCCACCCAACUCUCGUUCCGCGGUAAGAUAAUCACAUUUGAUCACACCCCGGGUGAGAACAAGACGAGCGAGCUGACCUUCCGCGGCUUUGUUUUCCGACCGGAGCGAGAGGUGUUCGUGAAGGCAUCGCAAGGAGCGGCUGUCAUCAGCCGCAAAAGCACAGCACGCGUGGAUGCCCUCAUCAAGUCGAAAAGCGUCGUUUGCGCACGCAGCAGGACCAGCACGCCGUGUGUCCUCGUGGCUAAAAACAACAAGAAGGCGGACUUGUUCCUGUAUCAACUUUUCACUCUGAGCGCCUGCGACCAGCUGAAGCCUUGCGUUGAGUUCUCGCUCCCCCAUCGCCCGAGCGGGGACCUUUGCAUCUUGCAGGGCCCCACAGUGCUGUGGACGCACGCUGAUGCUGUGUUUCACGCAUCAAGUCAUUCAGGAGGGGUCCAACAGGCGCCCCUCCAGCUGUCCUGCUGCAUCAUCGGCGAGCUCCCACUCCAUCAGAGACAAGUGUUCAUACUGGGAGAGCAGCAGUGCCCGGCCAAACGGACCGUGGCCCAUUUGCUCGGGACGGGUCACGCCUUUGACGGCUCGGUGAUUUUACCCCCCCCUUACAUUCGCAUCACCCGGUGCAUCUCCGUGCUGUCGGCCAGCCUGACGGGCGACGCGCUGCGGUGCACCGCGGUCGCGGCCACCGCCGGCCGUCAACUGCUUUACCUGGAGAACGGCGCCGUCGAAGAUGUGUGCCCUCUGCCCUUCGACAGACCUGAAGCCAUACACGUGGCGGACGCUGGAAGAAACGGAGUCAUUUUUGUCGUGGCUUUCGAGCAAGGCCACGUGUGUGCAGUGUGGAAGGAUGCGUUUCAAGUAGCCGCGCAGUGGUCAAAUGUGAGCCACGUGCACGUGGACGACUAUCUCGGAUGCGGCACGGACCAGAUUUUGUUGGUUUUUAAUGGGGAUGACGUGUCGGGACAGCCGCCGGAACGUUUCAUCAUCACUGACCUCUGCGGGAUCUCCUAUUCUCGCGGCGAGCACAGCGGCUCAACGGUGCAGCUGUCCCCUCCACCGGAGAAUCAACUCCUCACCAUUCGAGCGUUGGAAUCCAGACUGCAGAGGGGACUGAACGCGCUGCGAGAGCUCCAGGGGGAGGCGAGAGUGAAGGACAGAGUCGUGCGGCAGUCGGUGCGAGCGCUCGCUGAGGCGGUCGGAAGUCGAGAAGCGAAUCUCCCACGGCCUGAGCAGGAAGGACUCGUCGCUCUUUGGGAGAGCGAUGACGAGUCGAAGGACGAGGCCGCCGAUGACGAGGCCCGAGUCACGCCGGCCGUGCCCUGCGGACCUCACGUUGACAAGCUGUGGCACCGCGUCGUCGACGGACGAUUGGUCGUGGGAGUGAUACUCGCUGCCGACAGCUCAGUACCAGCGGUCGGCACAAGUUUAUCCGUCCUGACAGAGACGGGCCGCGGCGGCCCGAGGCCCGCGGUCAUCCGGACCCAAAGCAGAGCGGCGCGGCUCCCCGCGUUCGCCAGACCGCCCUCCGCCUCCCCGUCCUCCUCGGCGGCCACCUCCCCGGAGCCGGCGGCCAAAAGGAGCAAGCGGCACGGCGAUCCCGACGCGGCCAGACUCGCCGUGACCGCCGUGACCGAGCUGGCGCCUCUGCUGAACUCCGGCUGUGUCAAAUGCAACGUCGCGCUCCGUUACAGCCCGAGAAAGGACGGCUCGGUCCUCGCGGGUGUCCCGCUGUCGCCGCCGACGGUGCUGCAUUGCGGUCAAAUCACUGUCGACAUCCACGCGGACUUCAAAACCCAACUUUUGAGCAACCCUGAGCUAAAAACCGACGAGGCUCAGGAGGACUUCCUGUGUCUCUUGGCGCUUCUGGAUCACUGGGCUUUCCGCGUAGACUCCCCCGAUCACAGCUUGGGCGACAUUGACGGCUGGCUGCAGAGAGGAGUGGGCUGCGCGAGGGUGGGAGUGAGCCCUCAGCAUCAACUGCUGGCUUCUCGAGGACUCUCUUCUCUGUCGCUGCUGCGCUGGCGUCGCAGCGGACCUUUCCGGGGGGAACUGGCGGUCCACUCGAGCCAUUUGGAGAUGCUCAAGAUUCUGGACACCCUGAUUGGUCACCUCCCAGCAUCCUGCUCCAUCCAGCCCAUCCAUCGCACAAGAGGAGCGGAGUCAUCUGAGAACCUUGCUUUGGCUCUGGAGAAGGAAGUGGCAACACUACGGGAGUUGGUGUCGCUGCUGCCGCGUGGGCAGGACGAAGGCGACGAGAGGGCGACGGCGGGCCCCGAGGAGAUCCCCGAUCCGGGCACGCCCGAGGAGAUCCGCAAGCGUCGAAUGGCUUGGCGACGGGACGUGGAGAGGAGCGUGCGGGAUUUAAACCGGCGGGUGGACGUGACGAGGUACCGCGCGCUCCUCCGAAAGCUGUCUGGAGCCCGGCUCGACGGGGAUCUCGCCGCUCUCAUGGAAACGCAGAUGAAAUCAUAUUAAGCGCUGACACUGAGCGUUGAAAAACCGAUACCGACUUGGUUGCAUUCGGUUUUUGCGUCCUGUCUCCACCUGAGCGCAUUUCCACCCGAUCACCUGGCGUCGCUGUGCUCGUCCCAAUCCUCCAGACUGUGUCCUCACAUAUUUGCUGAUGCCCUCUCAUUUCACCCCGAAGUGAGAAAUGUAAGUGGAGGGGUGGGGGGGGGGUGGUAGAUCGCACAAGGCAAAGCUUUUUUGGUUCUUCCACCUCACGGUCGACUUGUUUCCUUUUCUGGGACGUGACGCCGUUGCGCAUACGACGCCGUUGAGAAAAGCCCACAAGUGCGGAAGGUGUCAUCCAGAUCGUCCAGCAGUGGAUCAGAAAACUGGCCGGAAGCGACCUUUACAAAUCUUAUGUCCGUAUUUUGUUUCCCCGAGCAUCAUGUCGCACUAUUAUUUUUUUCAUAUUGCAUGAAAACCAAGACUUUAUCAACCUGGAAUCCAAUACAAGAGAUGUACCAAUCGAAUAAGAGUAUCGCCCUGUUCACGCCCGUUCAUACUUAAUAAGUUGAUUAUGAAAAUAAUACACAAUGUUUUUUGAGAAAGGUUAUGAACUGUUUUGGACGUGCAAUUUUUAUUUU